GGCUCGGGCAAGACGUACGCGUACGGCGUCCCGCUGGUGCAGAGGCUCCUCGCGCUCGGCCCGGCCAGGAUAGGCACCUUUGGCCUCGUGCUCGUCCCGACGCGCGAGCUCGCGGUGCAGAGCCUCGAGGCGCUGCAGGGCCUCACGCGCCCCUUCCCGUGGCUGGUGACUGGCUCCGUGAUGGGCGGCGAGAGCCGAAAGAGCGAAAAGGCGCGGCUGGAGCGAGGUGGGGGAGGCAUGAGUGAACGCAUGACGAGCCAAUGA